GCGCUGCAGCCCGCACCAGACAGCCUGAAAGGGGGAGAGCAGGCUGAGCUUGGAGCAGCAUCCAGGAAGGGGCUCAGAGUGACUCCCAGUCAGGUAGCCAACUAGCCAUGGGCUUGGAGAAGAAGUCCGAUGCCCGGAUCUACAUGGACCCAGAUGAUUUCCACCCCUCCUCAGUGCCAAUGCUCACCGAGAAAACCUACCAGAACUCCCCGAACCGGGACCCACACCAGCUCAACAGCCACCUCAAGAUAGCCUUUGAAGAUGUGAUAGGAGAGCCUUCUACCACUCACAGCUUCGAUAAGGUGUGGAUCUGCAGCACUGCACUGUUUGAAAUCAGUAAAUAUCUGAUCUACAAAGUUCUCACAGUGCUGCUUGCUAUCCCACUCUCCUUCGUAGUGGGGAUCCUGUUUGCCAUCCUUAGUUGUCUUCAUAUUUGGAUAAUCAUGCCAUUUGUGAGGACCUGGCUAAUGGUAUUACCGUCUGUGCAAGCAAUCUGGAAGGGUGUGACUGAUAGCCUUGUUGCCCCCUUAUUUGCCAGCAUGGGACGGUGUUUCUCUUCAGUCAGUGUGCGGCUGGAUAAAAAUUAGCUACAUUUCCAAAUUACUUUUGUUUUAUGACACAUCAGACCUCUUGGUGAAGAAUUCUACCAUUCGUCUUAUGGAGUAUGUUCACAACACUCUUCAUUAGGGGUGGUCAAAUGGCAGAUCUCCAUCUGUUUCACAACUACAACUCCCAUGAUGUUUUGCCAGCCUUACGACAUACAAUAAUAGUCAUCUGCCAUUUGACCACCCCUGCUCUAAGUGGUCUUUUUGGAUACAGCUGUAGUAAUCCUUUAGAUCCUGUGACAGAUGUUCAAAUAUUGCUCACCUCCUGGACAUAGAAGGAUGUUAUCCUCAUCUUGAAACAUUCCAUCUCCCAAAUAUGUAUAGAAGCAAGUGUAGAGUGUGAGUGGAUAUUCUAGGGGAGAUUUAUCAAAGUAUCGCAGACAGUUUUGCACAUUUUGGUGCAAUUUUUCUGGCACCCUAACAUGGUGUACACUUAGAUUUACAAUUUUUUCCAUCACUUUGACCAACAUUCAAGUGUUCUUUUUGGCUUUUCUUUUUUCCAUAAUUCUAAAUGUAGUAGUCGUUUCUGAUAAAUAGCAAUUUUUAGAAUAUUUAUUAAACGUGUUCCAUAGGCAUCAAAAUAAUUUUAGCUUAAUGGAGCAGUUUUGGUGUAUGGAUCAUUCCCCUGCAGUCUCACUGCUCAAUUUUCUGCCAUUUAGACGUUAAAUACCGUGUAAUACACAUGUUUAUACAGCCCAGUCACAUCUCCCUGCACGUGACUUGCACAGUCUUCCUAAAAAAGUCCUGUAAAUGAAAUUAGGUAUUCUAGGUUCCUUUAUUGCACAUUUUGUUAAAUUUAGAAUUUCUUAUGUUUUGCUCUGUUAAUAGCCUUUUAAACUCUCUGCAGAAACAUCCUGUGGGAAUAUAAAGUUUAAUUUUAUUUACAGAGCAGGGGAUAAAAACUUCUACAGCAAGUUAACAUAUGAUUGAAAAUUGAACCAUUUUUUUUCAUGCAGGCUGUGUGAGUCACAGACAGGGGCAGUGUGGAUAGGGCUGCAUAGACAGAAGCAAAAAUUAAUUAACUCUUAAAUUGCGGAGAAUUGAACAGGGAGACUGCAAGGGCAUGAUCUAUACACUAAAACUGCUUCAUUAAGCUAAGGUUGUGUUGAUGCCUAUAGUGUCCCUUUAAAUAUAAACAGAUGAUGAAUAAAUGACACUUUCCAAUACACUUUUAUAAAUCUCCCCUUCUGUGUCUAGAAAUGUAUUCUUAACAAAUGCAUUAGCUAGCAUCACUACUUGACAACUUGUAUUGAAGGUGAAUAGUAUAUUGUAGUGAUUUAAAGCUGAACUGACAAACAUUAGCUGAUUUAUAAUUUUCUGCAAUUCGGCCUUGGUUGCAGAAAACUACAGUUUUAUCCUGACUUUUGCUUUUCACUGCUUAAUGAAUAAACCUCGUUAUAACUAAUCUUAAGAACAAGCACAAAAAUAUUUUGAUUAUUAAUAGCACAUUUUACAUUUGUUUGCCAUAGAAUUCUACAAAUUAUAAACAUAUUGGAGUUUGUUUAUUGGUACUGCGAAGAGAUGACAAAGGCUAGCAAAUUUUAGUCCGAGAAUUUUCUCUAAUUCUGCUCUUUUGGUAUAAAAUGUACAAUUACCGUUUCAAUUAUAAGCAAUUCUUGAUUCAAUAAUUUAACUCCAAUAUGUAUAACUUUAUAAACAAUUUGUAUACAUGAUAUUUAUAAUCUCAGGACCUGCACAAGCUACACCUGUCAAUUAUGAUAUAUCCUUUCUGUAUAUUGCCUUUUUUUAAGAGCCCAAAUGCCUUAUUGACUGAUUAAAAAUAUUGUUCAGCUUUAAAGUUCUGUCGGGAUAUAUAUAUUGGAUAAUUGCCCAAAAUAUAUUUGUACUGUAUAUUAGCCUGAUCCACUGAAUAUAAUGCUUUGUACAUUUUCAAUAAAGAUAUCUAAACAUUUUCAA